AUGCCUGAUAUCAAAGAGGGUGUCCACCAAGUAGAAUUGAGUGUAUUCACUUUGUUAUCGGCUGAUCUAGAUGGCAUUAAUAGAUCAGUUACCGAAUUAAGAGAAUCACAGACAAUACUGAUAUUAAAACUAAGGAAAAUUCGGGAAUAUCUUAAGAAGGAAUAUGAAUUACUGUAUGAAGCUGAUGAUCUUAACGAGGCGAAUAUAAAACUUACUAAUUUAAAGAAAAGAAUAGUAUCACUUGAUCAAAGAUUCAAAACAAUUCUACAAAAAACAAAUUCCCUAGAUUAG